AUGUCUGACCUGCUGUUUGUCAACUUUACCGACAAGGACCCAGCCCCCGCCGGCCCCUUGGCGACCAACGGCACCGGCCCCAGCUUCUCGUUUGGCGCGCCGCCCAAGUCGGACAUCUACGCGUCCCCGCGUGUCCCCAAGGUCUUGCACGACUACACCGCGCCGGUCGUCUGCAAGCGCAUCCCCCGCGACAGCUUCCAGACGCUGCAGGUCACCGCCUCCGCCGCCUGGCGCACCCAGUACGACCAGGCCGGCCUCCUCUUGACGCUCCCGACCAAGUCGAACCCCAACCCGGACGCCCAGAACGCCGGCGUCGCGGCCGACCACCCGGCCUGGGUCAAGGCGGGCAUCGAGGUCAACGACGGCUGCCCGUGCGUCAGCAUUGUGGCGCGCGGCCCCGGCGGCACGGGCGGCUGGAGCGACUGGAGCCUGAUCCCGCUGUCGCUGGCGGGCGAGAGCCUCGGCGGCGAGCUGCCGGUCUCGCUGCAGUUUACGCGCGAGAAGCAUGCGCUGCUGGUCUGGCUGCUGCGCGGCGACAAGCGGCUGUUUAUCCGCAAGGUGCCGUGGGUGUUUCUGGCGCACGACACGCUCGGCGACGACGUGCUCGUGGGCGCCUACGCGGCGCAGCCCGACCCAUACGACGUGUCCAAGGGAGAGUCGCUGCAGGUGACCUUUUCGGGGUUCAAGAUUGAGACAGCGUAG